AUGAUGCUGAACAAUUUCUAUCAGCGGAAAGCGCCCUUUCUCCAUCGCAACUGGCUACAGGGCAUCACAAAUUGGCAAGGCCCUGCCGAGGUAAUGGGUAACAUCGUGUCCAGUCAGCUUCGGGGUGAUGGCCGAGCCGCUCCUCCGCCGCGCAAGCGACGCCGCGUCUCGACUCCUGAUUCGCUCAACAUUGACCGCCCUAUCGUAUCACCAGAGACGUUCGACACGCCCUCGACACUUCGCAUUGAGGUCCGCAGGAUCUGUCACAAGGAUUCCCUUCGGUUUCGGACCACCAGUCUUGACGGCACUGCGCCCAGCGCCCUCACUACAACCCAGGCAAAUUGCCGCGUUACCGUCACCAAUACAUCCAGCGGCGCGCGUGAUAUCCUUUACUGUCAUAAGCAAGCUUGCGAUCUCACCACUUCUGAGAAUCCUACCGGACCGCAUCACAUCACAAGAGUAAACAUGGAAGCCCCCUUUCUACUUCCACGUGAUGUAUUUUUGGUCCCCGGAGAUGAUGAUGCUCGUGAUGAUCUUGCCGACACAUAUGAGCUUCUCAUUCAAUUUGAGCAGAGGAACGGCAGUAUUUGGCCUCCACUGACUGCCAAGGAUCUUGGAUCCUUGUCAGCGCUGCAAGACGCGAAUCCUAGCGACAAUCGCAAGAUUGUUCUGAAGAGCCGCUUUCACGAGAUUUUUGGCAAACUCAAAGAGCCCUUGGUACUAUCGAUUCAAGGGUCAAUGGACAAAUCCGACAGUCUGACUGAGUAUAUUAUGGAUGUGGAUCUGCGCUGGUCGUCUGGGUUCAACGCGUCGACGCGACCGAACAAAGAUUCAGUGUCAUCCAUCACUGCCAUUGAUCGGAGUACCGAUGUGCACGAUGAAAGAUUGCCGCCAGUCGCUGCAGUUGACCCCGCUGCCAUCAGCAGCACAGCGCACCGCGAGGGUAUUGCUGAAUUCAGCGACGUGACGCCGCAAGAAAAAGAAUAUAUCUGGGAAUGGGACGGCUACAUUCUUAAGCAGAAUAUCACAGCAAACGCAUAUUUGCCGCGCGCUUGGUUAGGAUUCGUUCAGCAAAAAGCUGCAUGGCUGGUGGCAAAGGAUGAGAGAAUGCGCGAAUAUGGGAAGCACGUAUGCGUGCUGCUCGCGCGCGACCUACUAACUGACGAAGUCAUAAAGCAGGCUCAAGGUUGUAUCAGAGAAGCCCGCGCGCUGCGAAAAAUGUAUGUCGACAAUACCAUCUUGUCAGAAGGGGUUGAGCAGGCCGCAGCAACGUCGAAAGGGGCCGGUGUGCGUAAGAGCAGCAAGGGUUGCCCCGUAUGCCAGCUUCCUGUACUAGGUCCUCGGCUGCUGGUAUGCGCCAACAAGGCCUGCCCGAAGCGGUUGUAUCACUCCAACUGCGUGGAACCGAUAGCACUGGUAGACGUGAAAGAUCGAAACUGGAUUUGCAAUGUCUGCGCGGCCUCGACGACAUAA